AUGAAUGCUAAAGAGUUCCGCGCAAAUGUCGAAAGCGGGGAGCUGCCGGUUGACCACCAUGAUCGUGUAUUACGAAUAGCCUUCAUCUACUUGGAUGAAGGGUUGUGGGAUGGCAACGGGGUCUUCGACGUCGUUGAUCAGCUCCACGCGCGAGGGUGGUCAUUCGGCGAGGAGGGUUUGAGAUUCAACCGCACUCUGGACAUAUUCUACCUUGCCCAGAUAGCAGCCGGCAUCUACCGCUCCUCCAACCAACUCGAUGGGGACUUUCCCUUGGCAGACGAUUUUGACACGUUCUACGCUGAGCACCGUCAGCUGCUCAACCUAAAAGCAUGGAGAGAGUACUACUCACCAGCUUUCCUCGCGCAGCCGGUCUCGGCUCGUUUCUACCGCCUCCCCGACUUGCAAGACCUGCCAGACGCAAGCGACCCGCUCGGGCAGCCGCGACGAGACAAGGGAAUCGGCCACUUCACCAAGCUUCCUCGGUGGGCACACAACGUCGCGCGAACGCGCCGGAGACAGCCGGCACUCCCCACCGCAACCAUGACCGAGAUCGCCCUCUCGACCCUCCAGCAAACCAUCGAGCGCCUACGGAAGGACCGCCCGAGCGUCGUGCACCCUUACUCGAAGACACAAGCCCGGUUCUGGCUCAAGUACAUGAAGAUGGAUUUUCCUGGCCCGUAUUCCAGCGAGGCUUGGAACCCUAACGAGUUCGGCAUUUACGUCGCGCAGGGGCCUUCGACAUAUGGCACUCUCAAGAGCGAGGUGGACUGGUGCGGGUUGCCGGACGGCGGGGUGGGUUUGCAGGCGUGGUGGCGGGGGUGGGAGCCCGAGGUCGGGAGCGAGGAGGAGGUUGCCUUCCUAGCGGCCGUUGCCGCGAAGGAGACGGAGGGCGUCGACGCGAGCAGCAACACCAACAACCUUGAUUAUGCCAUGCGGUCGCACUUGCUUCUGGGAUUGCUUUUUGCGGCGUUUGAGACGACGGAGAGGGAACGACAUGUGGAGGAUGUGAAGCGGCGGGCAGUGGAGGCGAGUAGGCUUGAUGAGAGCAAGGCCGAGCAGUGGGUUCGACACGCUUUAAAGGUCAUGGAGCCUUAUGUGCACGAGAGGGGGCAGCACGGACGACCUGUCGCCGCAGAGGAUCUGAAUGGGUUGCUACAGCGUGUCCUGGCGGAAACUGGGCAUAUUUUCGCAAGAUGGAAGCUUUCACCCACUUCCAAGGAGUAUAACUUUGAACUGAAAACGAUGGACGAAGCCAACACCAUAUCGAUGACAAAGGAAUACAUUUGA